CCUUCGUCCUCAACGUCGGUCAACUCAGUGACGAAGAUGAGGAACGGUGAUGCCCAUGAACAUGAGACAGACAUCGUGCGUGAUUUGCAACAUCGUGUGAAUGCGCGGCACCGCGCAAGGGCGCAGCGGCACGGCCAUGUGCGGGCUCCUGAGCGUCGGGGUUUGCCGAGCUCCAGCGCCGGACCGCUUGAGGACCAAAAGGCAUCGAUAACAUCAGGCGAAACAAGCGGACAUGCCACGCCAGUCGAUGCAGCUGGCUUCGGGGCGACCUUAGGAAGCGCUAGCUCUGUGGGGGUUUCGCCGGCGGUCGCCAAGACCCCCCCUCCGCCGUACGUCUGUGUGCGGGUCGGGGAAGGUAACACCACACCUGAAGGCUGGUCCAAACAAAAAAUAGAGCCGGCAAAUCUGUCCUGCUGUUCGGUGGUGUGGCUGGACCUGAAGGACACGUGCGAGGACAUUCUAGACAUCGUGCGGGUUUAUCCGACUGCCACGCUGCUGCUGCCCCUUUUGGUCUUUGCUCUGCUGACGGGCUUCGGGAUCUGGGGCGUCAUUGCUGGGGCGAACACGUACGUUGAGCAGCACAAAAACGAUGUACGCAGCCGGGCCGUAGACGCGGCGACGGGCUUCCAGAUCCAGUUGCAGCAGUCCUUCACGCCCGGUGUCACCAUGCAAAUGCUGGUGAAGCAGAGGCCGGACUGGGAGUAUUGGCUUGAAAACUUCAACUCUACUGCUACGGAGCUCAUGUCCCGUGUGCCGAAGGGUGCGCUGUGGGACCUGCAGCUGCAGCCGUUCGCGCAGGUCAUGAUGAUCACGCCGCUGCGACCGGAGGACCUGUCACAGAUUAACCCGCCGCGCGACCUGAUUGGAGACCCUACCCGCCGGGAUGACAUAUACAAGAUCAUCAGAACACGCGAGCCCGGCGUGAACGGACCCUUCUGGCUUGUCCAGGGCUUCACAGGUGCUUUCGUGCGCUACCCCAUCUUUGUGCCGGACGUCAGCGCGACGGAGACGUUCGGGUUUCGCUACAAGGACAACUCCAGUGCGAUUGCGUACUCACAACUCCCCUCAAGCGUGCGAGACUGCAGCAUUUGCUACAACGCCACCACCCGCGAGAAGUGGUGGGGCUUGAUGACGGUGCUGGUGAACUACGACGAGGUCACCAGCGGUCAAGACGCGUACUUGGCGACGCUUCGCAAGCUGAACUACCACUACGCGUUGGUCCGGCCCAUCAACGCCACGGAGGAGCAGGUGAUUGCGCAGGUGGGCCCCACCUCCCUGCGCGACGAGGACGCGGUGACCGUGGAGGUCAAGGUGCUGAACGCCGUGUGGCAGCUGAGGGUUGCGAUGGCCGGUGGCUUCAAGCCCGUCUGGGAGGGCCCCGUGAUUGCGGCCGUGGUGGUAAUGUCGUUCGUGGUGUCCACGCUGCUCUUCAUCACCGCCGUGUCGCUCAAGCGACAGAGGCUCCUGCUCUGGGAGUCGCUGGACACCAACUUUCAACUUAUGACGGUAACACAGCGCCUGGAGGAGGAGAAGGAGCGCAUGGAUGUGCUGCUGGUGCGGCAAUACGACCUGCUGAGGUGCCUGGACGCGAACCUCCCAGCCAACCGCAGUGACCGGCAGCCGCAGGGCAACGGUGAUGCUGCAAGCCGGCGGCAAUCCUCUGAUGCCCUCACGACCGACGACAGCCGCAAGUCCAUUCUGAGUCGCAUCGAGGAGGCCCGACGCGGCCUGCAGUCACAGAAUGUAUCGGCGGCCGAGGAGACCAUUCAGCUGCUGGAGCUGCUUGGCUGUGGCGCGUUCGGCAAGGUGCAGCGCGGCCUGUGGCGCGGCACGGUGGUGGCGGUGAAGACCAUGAUCCUGCCGGCCAACAUGACGGGGCAGGAGAAGCGCGAGAAGAUGGCGGUGAUGGAGGCAGCCAUCAGCAGCAGUCUUGUGCACCCCAACAUCGUGACCACCUACACCUAUUUCAUCCGCCCUUACCACGAGCCCGAGCACGAGAGCAUUCAGAACAUGCAGAUUGGGCCCGGUCCCGACCAAGGGACGUUGGAUAGCGCUUUUAGCAGCCGAGGAGCAAGCAUGCCACGCGCGGCAAGCGGCGAAGUGACAACAAGCAUCCACAGCUAUGAGGUGCGACUGGUACUUGAGUUUUGCGACAAGGGGUCGCUAAAGGACGCGCUGGACCAACACGUCUUCAUGCAGAGUGGCGCCCUGAACCUGGCGGCGAUGCUGGAGACGGCCGCGGACGUGGCCAAAGCCAUGGUGCACAUGCACGCGGCCAACGUGCUGCACAGCGACCUCAAGGCCCGCAACAUCAUGCUCAAGAGCAGCGGCACAGAGGGCCGCGGCAUCGUGGCGAAGGUGGCCGACUUUGGUCUGUCCACGCGCAUGGAGCACCAGGAAACGCACCUGAGCAGCUGCUUCCAGGGCACGCUGACACACAUGGCUCCGGAGGUGAUGCUGGAGGGCCGCAUCAGCAAGGCCGCGGACGUGUACUCGUUUGGCAUUCUCCUGUGGGAGUUGUUCUGCGCCGGCGACCCGUUCCAGGGCGUGCCGCGUGCGCACCUGGGUCACGCAAUCACCAAGGAGGCGCGGCGGCCCAAGUUCCCGCCCUUCGCUCCGGCGGGCUUCGUGCGGCUCGCGACGCGUUGCUGGGACCCCGAUGUCUCGCGGCGGCCCACGUUUGAGGAGGUGCUGUCAGAGCUGGUGCGCAUGCGCGAGGAGCUGGGCGGAGAGACGCCACAGCUUGUGCUCGCACGGCCGCGGCGUCCCUCCUCCACCGAGCAGUGCAAUGCAGCAAACCGGGGUAGCCCACGUGUGCCUCAGCUGCAGGAUCAGCGGAGUGCCGCCCGCGUGGGGCAGCAGCAGUUUCAAAGUCGCUCGCUUGACGCCCUGUCGUCGUUCGGGGCGGAGCCUGCUCGUGGCGUCAGCGGUGGUGCAACGGCAGUUACAGCCGCAGCAUGCAGUGCGGCGGCAAUAGCCGCAGGUGGCAGUCUUGGUGGCGACAGGACAGGCAGAUUCGUGAGCUGGGCCAACGGCGCGGUCUCCAGUCCGCUGCCACUGCAUAGCGCAGUGCUCGGCGCCAGCAGCUCUUCUGCAGGCAGCCAUUCUGCCUGCGAGCUAGGCCAGGCCACAGUCGGCGAAGGCAAGGUUGCUUGGGUGAGACGGAGCCUCAGUGACGGCGGACAGGGCGAAGAAAGCAGCGACGAGGCGGCUCACGGGGAAGCGUCCCAUGGCAGCACAAGCAGGGCCGGCCCGCCGCCUGAAGCGCUAGGCGCCGGGAGCUCGCUGGGACUCAGGCCCCAGGGCAAGGGCCCGCAGGUCCAGCGGCGGCUGCGAAAGAUGGGCAUCCAGCUGGGCGGCCCCGCGGCCACGAGCAUGACGCCCACUCUACCGUCGCUGGACGAACACGGCGACGAAGAGGCAUGUUGAGGACCCACUCUGCAGUGCAUGCCUUUUGGGACCAUGCAAUAAGCUUCAGACGUGGCUGUAUGGCUCAGUUGGGGAGGGAAUCGUUUUCGCCCCCAAAUGAGCUCAGAGUCUGAGUAUGAAACCACGCGGCCAAAACAGUACGCCCCGCUGGCGAGUCUUUCUAUUGGCAGGUUGAACAAUGAAUGAGGCCUGCUUUGGGGGUUCUGACGGAGUUUGUGAGGGCCUGCUGGGCGCGCUCAGCUCUUGGUACAGUCCAUUAGAGCAGCAGGGUGCUACUGUAAGGCCCCGGCUGUGCUGGGAUGCCGUUUCAUUGUGAUCAGGCGCGGCGUAUGUGCUCAUUCAUCUGGGUGCUGUUGCAAGGGGUGUCGUAAUAUAUGUCCUGGUGCUGUCCGGGACUGCUUUAGGGUAUCAAACCUUCCAAGAUUGCGUUGGGCAGGACCGGGAGCGGCAUAAGCAGGGCGCGGGAGGGCAGGGGGGGACGAGGAGAAGGCACCUCAUGGGAUGGGCCAUGACAUGUCACAUGUGUCAUCCGGAAACGGCCUUGCCUCGCAUAUGCCACUCUCCCGCAAUCAUACUGCACAUUGGAAUCCUCUCAAGCC